AUGACAAAUAAGAAACAAUUACAAAAGGAAAUUAAAGACGAAGGCUAUGAAAGUGAUAAUCCUAGUCGGAAUAAUCGGAAUAAUAAAAACUUAGUCUCUAAUAAAACCACUAAGCAAUUAGAGAAGGAAGUAAAAUUUUGGUCUCAAACAGCCAGUAAUCAUUUAACUAACCUUCAAAGGGAACAAGCCGAAAAUGAAAACUUAAAGGAAGAGAUAAAAGAGUUAAAAAAGCAAAAACCAACUAAAACUCAGACAGAAUUAGAAAAAGCCCUUAUAGAAGCCAACCAAAAAAUAAGAGACCAAGCCAAGACUAUUCAGGACUUAACUGGUAAAAAUAGUGAAAUUAUUAAGAAAUUAGAAAGUAAAAUAAAAGAACUAAAUAAAACUAUUCAAGGCUUACAAAAGCAAGUAAAAAACAAGGAAGAAGUUAAAGAACCAAUUAAUAAAUCCUUCUUCUGUGAUGAACCCGAACUCUCUUUUAAUGAAUGGAAAAAGAAAUUCCGGCAAGAACACCCAACCGAAAAACCUACUUUUCAACUUUACACUAUUGAAAGAUUAGAAAAAAGAAAGGAGCAAAUAAUUAAAGAAAUCAAAAAAACGAGUGGAGUAUUUAAGGAUAAAUUAAACUUACGAUUAACUUUUACCGAAUGCCUAAUUGAAGGAUUUAAGAAAGAAAUAACCAUGUGUGAAGUUGGUAAUCCUGAGGAAAAACUGCCUUUGGAGGCUACGGACGAAGAAUUAGAAAAAGCCUCCUUUUGA